CGCGUCCUCCAGGGAUUCGGAUGCGCAUCGCUGGCCGUGGCCGUGCCCGAAUACAUCAUGAUGAGCAACGCGAACGUUAAGGAUUCGUACCAAAGCGAGUUCAAUGUUAUGUUUCAUUGAAGUGUUCAUUGUUGUCGGGGAGGCUAUUUCACAUGCACUGAGCAUACUCGUGACAUGGACCCAAAUGAAUCUCCUAACCACUGGUGUAAUUUCACUGAACUUAUUGUCAUUGAUACUAUUACGCAUGACUUCCCGUCGUCAAGAUGACCGGAUGAUGGUGUGUCAUUAUAACCGCAGUAGUAGCUCGGUAGGCCCCUACUGCGAAUUACUAAGAGAUCCCGACCAAACCGUAUACCAGGACGAAACCGUUUCGAGCGCAAACACUUCUUAUCAGUUCGCUGACGAUGACAAGUGCUACGUGCAAAAGCUCCGGUACUACAUUUUCGUCUGUUUGGCCCUAUUCGUUUUCCGCGAUUUCAGCUGCGUCCACGUAUUUAAGAAAAGUAUUCGCUGUAUCUUCGUGGGAUUGAAUAUCAAGUCUAUGACGUAUGAACAAUGGUCGUUGUUGGUGACCGCGUUGCAAUUGAUAUUUACGACAUCUACCGUGUGUAUGGUUGAAAUUUACGGCAGGAGAAAACUCUUGUUGAUCUCGAGUCUCGGUAUGCUCUUGGCGGCUACGGGUCUAGAGCAGUUUAUUUUCAACAUCGAGGCAUUCACCUCCAAGGAAACACGUCAUGUGUACAUUAUGGCUGUGUUACUUAUAUACAUUAUAUUUUUUGCUCAAGGAUUAAGCUCAACCCCUUGGGCUAUGACAUUCAAAAUCAUUCACCAAAAUGUCAGGAGUUUUACCCUAGGUUUCAUAAUCAGCGCUCAUUUUUUGUUUUUGAUGAUCGUCGAAUUUUCAUAUAUUAAUGAGGAACAUAUCUAUUCUGAACACUCAACAGCUGCAUAUUGGUUAAUAAUUAUUUACCUUUUGCAAACUAUUUUUGUGUAUACUUUUGUUAUGGAUACGAAAUCUUAAUUUUAUUUAUUAAAUGUAUUAUACUGAAAAAUGUAAAU